AUGAAUCUGCUGGAUCCACGUCAACUAAUGAUGAAUGCUUUUGCAUACAGUGUUGUAGAUCCAGCAUCAAUUACAAUUCUAAAUACAACUUCUGGCACUCAAAAUAGUAACGCUGGAAAAAUGGUUACUUCUAGUGGAAAUAGUUCUGGUAAUAGCAGUUUUCGAAUUUCUGAUAUUCUUGAAUCAACAGACAACAAAGCCAAUACCAGUGGAGAAAACGAAUUAUCAUCAUUAGGAGAAGAUGAACGCAGUGGGUCAACAGGGUCACAUCGUUCUGGUGGCAGUCCGCAUUCUCACACUUCUGCUGGAUGCGGAAAAAAAGCACGCAAGGCGCGAACAAUUUUUACUGAUAAGCAGUUACAGGAACUAGAAGCAACAUUUGAUAAACAGAAGUAUCUCAGUGUUCAAGAUCGAAUGGAUUUAGCUCAACGCAUGGGUCUUUCCGACACACAAGUAAAGACGUGGUAUCAGAAUAGAAGAACGAAAUGGAAAAGACAAGCAGCAGUUGGCAUGGAUUUACUGAACGAAGCCUCGAACGUGGCAGCUAUUCAACAACUGCUUCGAACUAAUCCUUAUUGGGCCAAUUACCUUGCAGCUAAUGCAGUAAAUCACCCAAGACUGUUUCCAUCAACCCUUCCCAUUGGCUUACCGGUGACUACGCCAAACAGUUUAUCUUCUCCUGCAGUGAUGCCCCUUGCAAUACCAUCUCCAGCUCCUACUUCACCUAUCACUUCUGUACCUUCUGCUUCAAAUACGGUAAUUACCGGUAGUACAAGUUCGUUACCACUAGCCAUGUUUCCAUUUCAGAUUCCAACUUCUAGCUUCACUUUAAAUCUCGUACAAAACUCACCGUUAACAGUUUCUACAACAGACCGACCCAAAAUUUUUCAACCAGCUCCCCCACAAUCAACUACACCCAUAACCAUCACAAAUGUGAAAUUAUCUGAACCUGAUUGA